GUUUCACCUGCCAUGUCACGCACCUGUUCAAUCAUCGGUAUUAUUUAAACCUGUAGUUGCCAGAUGGUCAGUUUGGCGACUUUACCAAUACUUCCUUCAUGCCAUGCCAUUCCUGUUCUCUCAUUCUCUCCAUGCCACCUCAUGACUGUGAUGCAAAUCAGGUGUAGUUGUUGUGCAGACGGCUGGAAAGUCAAAGUGUCGUUGUAAAAGUCUCACUGUCCUGUGGAGAGAAGCCAGGCUGAGAUGUCAUCAGGUUCGAGCUCAGCAGGUGAGAAGGAGACUUCCAAACUGGAGACUUUCCUGCACUUUUCAUUGUUCAGGACCCUGAGAACUUGCUGGAGGUCUCGCUUCAAGGACUCGGAGAGGACGGAGCAGAGCGAGCGUCCAACACGCGACAGAUCACUCAUGGAGUUGUCUUCAAAAUGGUUCAUCGAGACUCAAGUGGCACACUUUGCUUCAAACGGUUUCUUCCCCGCCUGGUUUGGGGGUUUCAUCACCAGGGAAAAUGCUGAAGUCAUGCUGAAAGAAAAAGAGCACGGCAGUUUCCUCAUCCGUCUGAGUGACAGAGUCAUCGGCUACAUCUUGUCUUACAGAGGCAGAGAUCGUUGCCGACACUUCGCGAUAAGCCAAAGUAAGUCGGGACACUUCAUCGUCAGUGGAGACACCAAGGGACACGGCACAGUCCUGGAGCUGAUCCAGCACUACAAAAAUAACCCCAUUCAGCCAUUCCGAGAGUACCUCACCUCUUCGUGCUUCGAGACACCUUCGGACAUGGUCUAUGACGUGAUCCAGCACAUGUCGCCGCCUGGCAAGACUGGAGAGAGGGCACACACCUCUGGUUGUUUACCCCCAAUGAGCCAAAGAACGCUUGAGGAUGUUCCGCCAGUGCCGAGGAGAGACAAAGACCUCAUGGCUGGCUCCCCCGUCAGUCAACGGGACAAGGGUCUGUAUGCUAAGAUCAGAAAGCAACCCACUAGGGCGCUUCAGGGUAUCCAUCACCACGUACCAAGGAGGUUUCAAGGGAGCCCCAGAAAGUGUCGUCCUCUGUCUGCACCAGACACCGUAUACUCUAUGGUCAGCGGUUCUGAUGAACCCCACGACAGUCCAAGAACUACGAGGCACCUACCACCUGAGAGGACGGACCCAGGCAGACAAUCCCCAAAAACUCUCAGCACCGACCGCCUGAGUGACUGCGCUGCCUACUUCCUGGCCGGGACCCCUGGUAGUCCUCAUGCAGCGUGCAUAGACCCCACGUCACACGCGCUCAAUCUUCACUCAGUCUACACCAACAAUAACACCUACGAGGCCAUUCCUGGGAUCGCAGAGACAUUCGGCUUCAAACCCAACUGUAACACCUACGAGUCACUGUAGGACGGCGGUCGCCAACCCGUCGAUCGCCAUGGACCAGUCAGACCAGGGCGAACAGAAGGCCUUUAGACCGUCUUAUAUCCGGGUCAAUACAAUAGUUUGUAUCGUUAAAGGUUUGAACAGGUUCUAUAAUUUGUACAUAUCAUGAAGAAAGGGCUGGUUACACCAAGCCAAGCCUUUACGUUGGGUUUUGUUAAUGCUGUCCAGUGUUCCUGUCCUUUGCCUUUAUUUUGGCGGCUCUUCCUGUUUUGUUGGUGUUUUCCCGAGGCUGCUUCACUUUUGUCCCAGAGCAUUUCCCCUCACCUUUUUUCUGUUGCAAUCAAGACUAUUUACCGUAUUUCCUUGAAUUUCCGCCGGGGCGCUAAUUAAUUUAAAACCUCUUCUCAAUCCGGGGUUUACCAAAGGCAUGCGGUAAAUUUAGGCCUGCUCUUAUAAAUUUGAGUGUGAUGUAAGUAACCAUCAUGAAAAGCACAUUUGAUGAAAAAAAUACGUUAUUAUGGUCUUACCUUUACUUAUAAAUGAAGUCAAUGCGCAGCUCCUUUUGAUCAAAAGCAUCGAUAACUUGUUUAUAAAAGUCUUCCUUAUCUUUCUUCAGUUUUAAAAGUCUCUCUGUCUCGAUGGAGAUCUUCCUUUAUUAGCUCCUGCUUCGAUUGAAAGUCCAGUUUAGAAAACUGUUUUAUUUUAGAAAUGUAAUCCUCCAUGUUAAAAGUGCAACCGAGAGGAAAAAGUAAACAAUCGCUGCUCACUCUUGCUGCUUGUUGUCACUUCUUCUGCAGCCGAGUUGUCACAAGAAGGAUCACUAGCGCCCUCUACCACCAGGAGGCGGGAGUCAUUUAAUGACUCAUAUUUGACACACGCAGCUACGGUAUAUUAAUAAAACAUAGCUGCUUACUGUUCUUUUUAGCAUAUUCAAUAGCUUGGACCUGAAAUCCUACUGAAUAGCUCUUAAUCUUCUUCCCUUUAUGCGAUUUCAAAUGAUUGAAAUCAGCCUCCUCCAUUUUGAAAAUGAUGACAGGUGAAGUGUCACUCAUGACGUGACGAGUUUGAACCGGCGGAAAUUUUAGACAUAUGCUCAAUAUUUUGCGAAACAAAUUUGACCCGGCAGUAAUUCAAGGUAGGCGCAUACUAUAUACAUGGCGGCAAUUUAAGGAAAUACGAUAAGUGUUGUCGGGACUUUGUUGAUGUUGAUGUUAUCGUUUCAUUGGACGACAGAGGAGCUUGUUGAUGCUAAACCUAACAUGCACUACUUUGUGGACGCCAUCAGCUCCACAUUUUCCCGUUUGUGCUUUGCUGGGUUUCAGAAGUUUUGUUUUGUUCUUGUUUUUUUAGAGCACUUCUAGUUUUUUUGGUUUGUUAAACCUAACACGCACUAGACAACUUGUCUUUCAGUAGUAAGUAAACAAACAAAGGCUCCUAAUUAGUCUGCUGAUGUAUGCAGUAACAUAUUCUGUCAUUUAUACACCUAUUAUUUUGUCAUAAUUAUGAGGGACAAGUGGUACAAAAUUGAUUGAAACUUUUAUUAGCAGAUUGCACAGUGCAGUACAAUUGACCACUGAAUGGUAAAACUCCAAUAAGUUUUUCAACUUGUUUUAAGUCGGGGUCCACGUACAUAAACGCAUGGUAUUAAUUAAUUAAUAAUAUUAAUUAAUUUGUAAUAUACUUGUUCAUUUACUGUUAAUAUCUGCCUAUUUUCUCUGUUAACAUGUUGUAUCUACAGUUUUUUUUAAUGUAAUAAUCAGUUAUUCUUCUGUUGUUUGGAUACUUUACAUUAGUUUUGGAUGAUACCACAAAUCUAGGUAUCGAUCCGAUACCAAGUAGUUAAAGGAUCAUACAUUGGCAUACUUGCCAACCUUGAGACCUCCGAAUUUGGGGGGUUGAGACGUUUGGGGCUAGCGGGGGUGUAUAUAAUUUCACGUGUGUGUGUGCGUGUAUAUAUACAUAUAUAUAUAUAUAUAUAUAUAUAUAUAUAUAUAUAUAUAUAUAUAUAUAUAUAUAUAUAUAUAUACAUACAUACAUAAAUAAUGCAUUCAUAACCCUUCUCCUUCGAGCUGUCCUGGAUGAACUGAAAUUAUUUUUUUCCAAUCAUUUUGGAACUUGCAAGCGUACUUCUUCUUCUUACUCGCCAUCGCCAUGUCUCUUCUUCGUUCAUCUGCUUGGUCUCUGUUAUGUUUUUGGACAUUACUACUUGCCGUAGUUUUGAAGCAAUGCAUGUUGGGAAUCCGGAUGUUGUGUGUCAGUGUAUCAACGUGCGGGCUGGAAUAAACACACGCUGAGAAAUA